CCCUUUUGUUUUUCAUUUGACAUUCAAAAAGGGUUCUUAGUAUAUAUAUAUAUAUAUAUAUUCAUAUUCAUAUAUUUCAAAGUACAAAGGGUUCCUGAUGUUAGCUCAAUCAUUUACACAAGGAAGAGAAGAUUCAGCCUUUUCACUCAUGCAGAAGACUAAGGAACAAAGGGUCGUGACGAUUCGAAAAGCAGUAUCAUCAGAUUUAAGCAAGGAGAUUGAAAAUUACAAAGUAAGAAUCAAGAACAACAACAGUUAUGAAGUAGAAGAAAUGAAGAACAGAUCAUCAUUAGUAGUUGAAGAAGAAGAAGAAGAAGAAGAAUUGGUAGAAGCAAAAUGCAGUUGCUGUGGAAUAAAAGAAGAGUGCACAAAAUCCUACAUUUUAGAGGUCCAGAAAUCCUUCUCAGGGAAUAAAUGGGUUUGUGGGCUUUGCUCUGAAGCUGUUAAAGAAAGAGUAUUGAAAUUUCCAAACACAACCAUUGAUAAAGCUUUGGAGCUUCAUAAACAAUUUUGUGAUAGUUUUAAUACUACCACAAGGUUAAACCCUAAACUUUCUUUAACCACUUCCAUGAGAAAGAUUGCUAGAAAAAGUUUUGAGAAUCGAACCCAUAAUACUAAUUAUCAUAAUCAUAAUAAGCUUUCUCGAAGUGUUAGUUGUGAUCCAAGAAUUGGUCUCCAAGAUUGACUAAUUUAAUUUGUUAUUAUUAUUAAUCAUUGGUAAUUAAAAACUAGUUCUCUGUGUUUUGUAUUUAAGUAUGUGUUUAGUUAAUUAGA